AUGCCGAUUCGUCUCGGAUCAGGACCCGAAAUCUUGGUAUAUGAGGGAACUCUCAUGCUGCAACACAAUACCACAUUGCAAUCCAUUGUUGACCCCGAAGUCCAUGCGGUGGCCUUACUCCUGCACGAUUUGGGCUUUGAACGGACACCCAACUCCACCAUCGUCACGCUUGACCACCGUUUUGAGGUCGACGGUGCUAUUGCCGCUCGCAAGUUUAUCCGCGCCCACCCGCGGGGAAGACACUGGGAAGAGCGCCGCGUACAGCUCGUCUGGGACGCUAUUGCUCUCCAUGGGGAGCACAGGUUUUCCUUUUCUUCAAGGAACCCGAGGUCGAGACAGUUAGUAAAUCAGUCACCCUUGAUUUCUCUGGGCCCAGUUUCGGGAUUUCAGAGGCCGAGUACUGGGCUGUAUUCGAAGUCUUCCCCCCAGGCCGAAGACUUCAAGGACAGCGUUGUUGAGACGAUGAGCUGGCUGUGUCGUACAAAGCCUGAAAUGACAUAUGUGGGACUUUCCGCGCCUCCUGGAUGUGUCCUCGCCAGUGACUCGCAGACGAACAGGGACAUGUUGGCGAGGCUUGCGAGGAUGGACAAGCCACCAAGUUUGCCAUCAAGCGAGCUGGCAGGGUUCUCUUGGAUAUCACUGGUUAGUGGCCACUUCAUGAAUCCUGAGUGGGCUGCCGAUGGCGGCCACAACCGUGCUUGA